UCUCUCUCUGCGUGAAAGACAAUCUGAGAGGAGCCUGAAUUAUGUUGGUUCAGAAGAAAGAAAAAAAAGAGAGUACACAAAAAGGCAGAAGGCCCACCAGAAGCCUCUCACUGAAACCCAUCUGAAAAAGCCUGGAAACGACUCCUACUUAGAAAUGGCUUCUUGGGAUUCGUAGCCUACAAAGAUCUCUGAAAAAACCCAUUUCGUUUUUUAAUGUUUUUACUGAGUUCUUCUCUUCUGGGUGUUUUGGUAGGAUUUCCUAUGACUCUGCAUGGGGGAGGUUAUGAAAAUAAUCAUUAAAGUAAAACAUAACAUGUCGUGUGGCGGCUAAGCUUGUAGUUUGUGUAAUGGUGUACCAGGUAUAGUCGUAUAGAGGAGGACGAUCAUUCCAUUACUUUCUGUUGUUUCUGUUCCUCUACCAGUUUACUGAGUUUUACUAUUUUAUUUUAUUUUUUUAAUUUGAUUAUAAUAAUCCCUUUUUUUUAAUUAUUGGGUGUGAAAUAAUUGAGGGGCUUAUUUGGUUUUCUCUCUAAGAAGUCUAUUUUGGAUGUAUUUAUAUCAUGCUGCAUUGACCCACUUUAGCAAGAGAGAGAGAGAGAGAGAGGGGGGGGGGGGGCAUAUAUCAAAUGAUGAACAUUUCUUGAAAGUCAUCAUCACUCUUAUCUGACCUUCUAUUUCUGAGGAGAUUUUUCUGAUCUUUCUUCCGAGGUUGGCUUUCAUGGUAUACCAUGUUGGCUUAUUAGGAGAAGAAGUCUGAGAAAAAGAAGCUGGAGUACUGGAUCUUGAUGGGAUUGUAGCUGGCUACAAGCAAGAGUAAUAUACACAGAAAAAAAAGAAGAAGAAGAAGAAGAAGAAGAUUUUUGUUUCAUGGCUCAAGAACACUGUGAAGACAAAUCCGGGAACAUGGUUUCUUCAGCUGGCUUUUGUUACUCUGAUGUUUCAUCAAGUAACCCGACCAUUCAUCUGGUGAACCAGAUCCAAGGCUUUGAGUCCAACAACCAGGAAAUCUUUAACUUGACAACAGGGAUGGAGAUGAUAGGGUUUUCAAAGAAUCCACAGCAACAGAGUGAUCACAGUAACUCAGUCAUGUGGAGAAAUCUUCAGCUUGGUUCAUCAUCCUCUUCAAAGAUGAUCAACGAGUCCUCCACGAGUGAUUUCUAUCAGCAUGUGUUCAAUAAGCCUGAUUUCACAACUGAGAUUUCUGAAGGUUGGCAAGAGAGUAAUAAUAGACUGCUUGUUGAUGGUUCUAAUUCUUUAAGGUGUGUGUUCCCUUGUGAAGGAAACGAAAGGCCUAGUCAAGGUCUCUCUCUCUCUCUUUGCUCAACCAAUCCUUCAGCCAUAGGAGUACAAUCUUUUGAACUAAGGCACUCUAAUCAUCACCACCAUCAAGAUCAUCAGCAAGAAGAUGAUCUGAGGUUUAUUGCUUCAAGUUCUAGAGAUGGGUUUUAUGGAAAACCAUCAAAUAUCCAAGAGCAACAAAUUAUGCAAGAUGGGUUUUUGGGAAAAGCUGCAAAUCUUCAGUUCCAGCUAAGGAACUCGAAGUACUUGGCCCCUGCUCAGGAGCUUCUGAACGAGUUCUGUAGCCUUGGAACAAAGCAAACUGAUCAUCACCCUCCGAAGCAGCAAAAAUCCCACAAGGCCAAACAGUGGGAAGAGGAUAAUAAUGGCAGCAGUAGUUCUUCCAGAAAGCAGGCUCUUUUCUCCCUCGAAUACAUGGACUUACAAAAAAGAAAAACAAAACUGCUUUCAAUGCUGGAAGAGGUGGACAGAAGGUACAGACACUAUUGUAACCAAAUGAAGGCGGUGGUGGCGUCCUUCGAAGCCGUGGCCGGCGACGGAGCCGCCACGGUCUACUCCGCGUUGGCUUCUAAAGCCAUGUCAAGGCAUUUCAGAUGUUUGAGAGAUGGGAUUGCCGGUCAGAUUCAGGCCACCAAGAGAGCCAUGGGUGAGAAAGAUCCUGUUGCACCCGGCGCAAGCAGAGGAGAAACACCAAGGCUUAGGAUUCUUGACCAAACGCUCAGGCAACAGAGGGCGUUUCAGCAAAUGAGCAUGAUGGAGAGCCACCCUUGGAGACCCCAACGCGGCCUUCCCGAGCGAUCCGUUUCUGUUCUCCGAGCAUGGCUUUUUGAGCAUUUUCUCCACCCUUACCCAAGCGAUGUUGAUAAACAUAUCUUAGCCCGCCAAACUGGUCUCUCAAGAAGCCAAGUGUCGAAUUGGUUCAUUAAUGCGAGGGUGAGGCUGUGGAAGCCCAUGGUGGAAGAAAUGUACGUGGAAGAGACAAAGGAACAAGACAACAUGGACAUGACAUCCCCAGAUGGGAUUAUUGCAGAUCUUGAAUGUAUUAACGGCCGGCAAAAUCAAAACCCACCUCCAUUAACACGCCUUGAGGAUGAUAAAAAGCCUACACAGGACCAACUCGUCCGAAUUGACUCAGACUGCCUCUCAUCCAUCGUCACAAACCCAGAAAAAAAUGACUCAAAAACCACCAAAACCGUCCAAAACCACCACAUUCACCAACAACAGCAGCAGCAGCAUGGUUUUGGUCGGAUUGAGACAUUUGGUGGCAUGGAGCUGGACUUUUCAUCCUAUGCUAAUAAUCAUAAUGUUAAUCAGAACUUCAGUGGUGGUGCAGGCGGCGUGUCUUUGACGUUAGGGUUACAGCAGCAUGGUCAUGGGAAUGGUGUGAGCUUAGCCUUCUCACCUGCCUCGCAGAGUUCUUUGUUUUAUGGCAGAGACCCCAUUGAAGAAUGCCAGCCAGUUCAUCAGUACUCGCUUCUGGACAGCGAAGGACAGAAUCUGCCAUACAGAAAUUUGAUGGGAGCUCAGUUGCUCCACGACUUGGCUGGAUAGAUCGAGAAGUAAAAGGGAUCUUCAUGGUGAUCGAUCGAUGGUAGAUAAAUUGUUUUAGGUACAGAUAAAUACUUUCAUACAUAUAUACAUGCAUAAAGCUAUACUUGGGUAGGUAGUAGUAUGAAAAUCAUGAUGAUGAUUACUUCCAUGGCUGGUAUCAUUUUUUUUUUUUGGAAACUCUUCUUGAUUGUAAGAACAUGCUUAUUACCCUAUAGGUUAAUUUGAAGUUUCUGGUGAUUGAUGCGAGAA